CGAGUCUGCACAUCCCUAUCCAUGUAGCACGCCAGAUUGAUCCGUCCAGCAAAUGACGUGGUUGCUCUGGAACUUUUUUUUAUGCGAUUUCACUAUCUCGCCGAUGCACUAACGAAAGCGCUGACCCAAUCUUGCGCCUGUUGAUCGUGGGUAUGCCCACUAUGUAUAUCAGCCUCCACGCUCCCGUGGGGUGUGGUCAAGCUAUCUUUCCUCCCCUCUUCUUUGCUCAAUCCUUCUGUAGGACUUCUAUCCCCCUCGAGCUCAGUCGUCAUGGCCCCUUCAGCGUUGGCGGAUAUCUAUCCAAUCCCAGCAAGGCACUAUUCCAAAGCUGCCACAAUCCAAGCUUCUGUCUUGCAUGGGCCAAGGGAUUUGCGGCUCGAAACUCGUACCAUCACCGACCCUGGACCAAAUGAACUCCAGAUCGCUAUCAAAGCCACCGGCGUCUGUGGCAGCGAUGUUUCAUACUUCAACAAGUUCCGUAAUGGCGACCUCCAGGCCGUUAUGCCACUAUCUCUCGGGCAUGAGUCUGCUGGUAUCGUAGUAGCUAUCGGCGACGCUGUCACUGGGUUCCAGAUCGGCGAACGGGUCGCGUUGGAGGUUGGAGUACCGUGUGACAAUUGUCGGUCAUGUCAGCGAGGUCGAUAUAACCUUUGCCCUGGAAUGAGGUUCCGAAGUAGUGCCAAGUCUGUGCCUCACUUCCAGGGAACUCUCCAGGAACGGAUCAACCACCCCGCAAAAUGGUGCCACAAGAUCCCCUCCCAUGUGUCAUUAGAAGCUGCUGCUCUCUUAGAGCCACUCUCGGUUGCUAUCCACGCGACUCGGAGGGCUUCAGUAGAACAGGGUGACACGGUCAUUGUCUUCGGUGCGGGCACCGUUGGCUUAUUGGUGGCUGCUAUGGCUAAGAUGUCUGGCGCCACAACCGUCGUAAUCGCCGAUAUCGACAGUGGUCGCGUGAACUACGCCCUCCAAAACGGAUUCGCAACGAAGGGCUAUAUCGUAACGCCAAGAAGACAUCUCAGCGAGACCGCUGAUAAGCUUGCCGCAGCGAAAGAGCUGUCUGGUGAUGUUAUGGAGAUUGCUUCCCUUCACGAUGAUGACUUUGAGGGCGCCGACGUGACUUUCGACUGCACUGGAAAGGAGAUUUGCAUGCAGGCUGGACUCUACAGUACAAGACCUGGCGGAAAGCUCAUCAUGGUCGGCAUGGGCACUCCAAUACAGACUCUUCCCAUGUCUGCAUCUCACCUGAAAGAAGUUGAUAUCAUUGGAAUCUUCCGCUACGCCAACACAUACCCGACAGGCAUAAAAAUCCUCUCUUCUGGCGUGUUGCCAAACCUCAACAACAUGGUGACACACCGUUUCAAAGGUCUUGCUGCUGCAAAAGACGCCUUCGAGCUUGCCGGGAAAACCGUCGACAAAGAUGGCAAACUUGUCCUAAAAGUUCUCGUCGAGGCUUAAGCCUGUCAUCUUCCUUCUACCCCCGUCCACGAGCAAAAUGCCCCAUCCCCUAAUAUUCUCAUCAAAGUGUGUUCAACACUUCCAGCUUUUCCGCUCUUUGACUUUCAAAUCACGACAUACGAACGAAAUAGAUCAGAUUUAGAAGGUGUUGGAACAAAAUUAACGACCCGUGGAUCGCCGGCGUCUGGAUGCUUUUCUUCCUCUUUUCGGAAAGACGAAAGAUACCAAGUCGAGUUAGGUUUCGGAUUUUUCGGAUUCUCGGAUUCAUUUGUUGCAGGCAGGCUAGCUUAGAUGGGGACUGGUUGGUUGGCUGGUGGUCUGGUUGGAGAAGAGUCAUGGUAGAAUAUGCU